AUGCUGCCGACACUCAUCUUUCAGCUGUGCGGGCUGCAAUCGUUUGCGACCGUGUCGUUUCCGGUGCUGUCCGCGCUGGCCCUCCUCUGGUGCACCGGCAACAUUGUCCUGUACGUCGGUGUCCUUGUGUUUUGCGUAUCCGAACGAAAGUGGCUUUUCGCCGAUCCGCGACACCCGGCGAGCGGUCGGAUCAAUUUCAUUCCCUUCAUCAAAAGCUCGAUCACCGUUGUGGCUCACCUGUUGGUGCUUCUCGAGGCGCUGCUGGCACGGAACGCGUACCGCGCCAUAGACCGGCAGCUCCGGACGAUCGACGGCCAGCUGCAGCGGCUGACGGAUUCGACGGCGAGCGCGGAUUUGCUUCUGGCCAACCGGCGCUAUCGAAACAAGUUGCUUGUGUUUGUGCUUUUCGUUUGCACCACCGAACUGGGCGUUCUGGCGAUUCUCGACACGGGUCCGGUCCAGCAGGCGAUCUGGUACCUGACGGUGCCGUCGCUUUUUAUCAUCCGCCUCAAGCAUCUACAUCAUACGUACCAUAUUGACCGACUGGCCGCUCUGUUCGGGGUCCUGUGUCGACAGCUGACUUCAAUCGUCGGUGGAAACACGGUGGGCGCCCGGGACACCAAAAAUGCCGGGGGCGAGGAUAAGGAGUUCCGGUGGAACGUGCUCCAUCGGGCCGGACCAUCUGGCUGGCCAACGGUCAACACCAGCCGUGAAGUGGACAGUGUCCGGCGAAUGUUGCGUAUCGAAAGCACGUACCUUGCCCUGUGGCACACGGUCUCGGACCUGAACCGGACCUGCGUCUACUCGCAACUGGUUAACCUGCUCCAAAACUUCAUACAGUGCACUUGCGACCUCUACACGAUGUACUCGCUGCUCUAUCUCAAUCAGUUUGACGAUAUUCUCGGAUAUAUUUUGAGCAUCGUGGCAACGUUCGCGGCCCUUGGCACCCUGCUGGCGGCCUGCGAGAACUGCAAGAGCCAGGUUAGCCAGAUGGGACAAUUGUUGCACCACCGGAACGGUGACGAAGUGGAUCUGCUCGGCAAAAUGGUUGAAAAUUUGUCCCUCUUGCUUCAGCACACACCGCUCUACUUCUCGCUGGGAGGAUUUUUCGACAUGGACUUGGUUCUGUUGAAAGAGAUGGCGGCCGCAAUCGCGACCUACAUGGUCAUUUUCAUACAGUUUAUGCCGAAGGAGGACGCCACCGCACCCGCGCCGGAGUCAGCCGUGGGGAACGGCUCGGUCGUCACCGAUCACGCCGUUGCCUGA